GUUGAUAAACACUGACAAUCUACCGAAAAUAACAUAAGCUUGGAUCAUUUUUUACAAAAGUGCAAUAAAUAUCGCCGAAGGCAAGCAUAAAUUAUGUCCAAAGUGACGGUGCAAGACAUAGAGGCCGUGGAUGAUUAUUGGGGGCCAACAUUCCGUUCGAUACUCGAGGGCAACAAUAGCAAACUGAUCAGUGAGCAACUGGAUCAACGCAUACGAAGCCAUGACAAGGAAAUUGAGCGCAUUUGCAAUCUGUACUAUCAGGGGUUCAUUGAUUCCAUACAGGAGCUGUUACAGGUACGCACGCAAGCGAAGCAACUGCACGACGAAGUCCAUUCCCUGGACACAUCGUUGCGCACAAUAAGCGCAUCGUUGAUACAACAGGGAAAUGAAUUGGUGCGGGCAAGACAGAUUGAAUCGAAUCUGGCCCGUGCCAUUGAGGCACUUAAGUCCUGUCUGCCAGCACUGGAGUGCUAUAUGAAAUUCACACAACAGGCCAAGAACAAGCAAUAUUAUCAGGCACUGCGUACGCUGGAGACUCUGGAGACGGAGCAUCUGUCACGUCUGCAGCGUCACAAUUAUCGGUUUGCCACACAAAUGCAGACACAGAUACCGAUCAUAAAAGAAAACAUACGUCGAUCGGCUGCCGCCGAUUUUCGCGAAUUUCUGGAGAACAUACGCAAGUUCUCACCACGCAUUGGCGAGCUGGCCAUAACACACACGAAGCAGUUGCAGAAGCGGGACAUUAAUGCUAUCAUAAAGGAGCACAAGCAGAAGGGCAACAGCGGAGGCGGAGCCGGAGACGAUGAUGGCAGUAAUGUUAGCGCACAGGAUUUGAUAGAUUUCUCGCCCAUUUAUCGCUGCUUACAUAUCUACAUGGUGCUGGGACAACGGGAGUACUUUGAGAAAGACUAUCGUCAGCAGCGACGGGAUCAAUCGAAGUUGGUGCUGCAACCGCCACCCAAUAUGCAUGAUAAUUUGGAGGCCUACAAGACAUACAUCUGUGCGAUUGUUGGCUUCUUUGUGGUGGAGGAUCAUGUGAAGAAUACAGCUGGUGAUGUCGUUAUCGGUAGCUAUCUUGAGGAGCUCUGGUCUAGUUCGCUAACAAAGUUUGUCAAUGAAAUCAGCAUGAGUUCCUCCUCCUGCACCGAUCCAAACAUUCUGUUACGCAUCAAAAAUCUCAUCAUGCUUUCCAUCAACACCUUCAAAUGCUACGGAUACACGGUGCAGAUACUCUGGGAGCUGCUCCAUGAUAUGCGGGAUCAUUACAACGAGGUGCUGCUUCAACGCUGGGUUCAUGUGUUCCGUGAGAUUCUGGAUAAGGAACAAUUUGUGCCGAUGGUUGUGGAGAAUGCCGAGGAAUAUGAAUGCAUUAUAGAACGUUUUCCCUUUCAUUCGGAGACGUUGGAGAAUGCACCGUUUCCCAAGCAAUUCCCAUUUUCACGCAUGGUACCCGAGGUGUAUCACCAGGCCAAAGAGUUCAUGUAUGCCUGCAUGAAGUUCGCCGAGGAGCUGACCCUCUCACCCAACGAGGUGGCCGCAAUGGUACGCAAAGCUGCCAAUUUGCUGCUCACUCGCAGCUUUAGCGGAUGUCUUUCCGUUGUGUUUCGGCAGCCGAGCAUUACUCUCAUCCAGCUAAUACAGAUCAUCAUUGAUACACAGUAUUUGGAAAAGGCCGGUCCUUUCCUCGAUGAAUUCGUCUGCCACAUGACGAAUACAGAGCGCAGCAUUUCACAGACGCCAUCGGCCAUGUUCCAUGUGGCACGACAAGAUGCCGAGAAGCAAGUGGCAGUGCGUAUAUGCUUUAAAAUCGAUGAAUUCUUCGAGCUGAGUGCUUACGAUUGGCUGCUAGUGGAGCCGCCGGGUAUUGCCUCCGCAUUCAUUACGGACAUGAUCUCCUACUUGAAGAGUACCUUUGAUAACUUCUCCUAUAAGCUGCCUCACAUUGCCCAGGCCGCCUGCCGUCGUACAUGUGAGCACAUUGCCGAUAAAAUCUAUUCCAUACUUUACGAUGAUGAGGUCAAACAAAUCUCAACUGGCGCCCUUACCCAAAUCAAUUUGGAUUUGAUGCAAUGCGAGUUCUUUGCUGCUUCAGAGCCGGUGCCCGGCUUGCGGGAAGGAGAGCUGAGUAAAUACUUUCAGCGUAAUCGUCAGCUGCUUGAUCUGCUUAUACUGGAGGAAUGGAGCACGUACUUCCAUGACUAUGGCAAGCAAGACAAUCGCUACCAUCUUGUUCAGCCACAGUCCAUAAUUGUUAUACUGGAGAAGAUACGUGAGGCGGACAAGAAGCCCAUCUUCUCGCUUGUGCGCAAAAAUGAUAAGAAGAAGCUGUUGGAGACGGUUCUCAAGCAGCUGAAGCAUAUUGCAGAGCGCCAGAGCUAGGGAGACAGAUCUGUCUAAUAAAUUAUUAUAUAAUAGACUUAGCUUCAUUAAGUAGAUUUUAUUAUCUGGCUAACUUGAGAGCAUUAUGAAAUAACCAUACAAUAAAAUAUCUCCAAGAAAAGAUGAAAAAACACACAAA